AUGGCAAUAAAAAAUAGUUACAAAGAAGAAUUUAAAAACAUAUUUGAAAGAAAAAUUAAUUUAUCUAAUGAAGACGAAAAAUAUAAAGAUAGAUCAAUAAAUAUAUUUUAUGGAAUAUGUUUAAUAAUUUUAUCAAUAAUAACAGUUAUAUUUUCCUCAGUGUUUUUUUUUUUUAAUAUGCAUCCAUAUGCUUUAUAUUAUUAUAAUGUGACUGUUGGUUUAAUUCCGAUGUAUAUUUUAUAUAAAUACUUCAUGUGGAUAUUUUUACAACUUUUUAAAUAUUCUUGA